ACGUGAAACUAACUACGGCACAAGGUACAAGAAUUAGAUAGAAAAUGGCAUCAAGAAAAUUACUUUUAUCGGGAAUUCGACCGAUCUUCACUUCAAAGACKGCGCCAUUGUUAUGUCGCUCAAAGGCCACGGCAGCACCACUAGAACUCACCCCUUUGGAACAGAAAAGAAAAAAAUUUGCAAAGUUUGAAUACAUGGACCCCCUGAAUAUAGAUGGCCAACUUACAGAAGAAGAAAARAUGGUUAGAGAUCAAUUCAGAAGCUACUGUCAAGAGAAGUUGAUGCCUCACAUCAUGUUGGCCAACAGGAAUGAAUAUUUUAACAGAGAAAUCAUAUCUGAAAUGGGUGAAAUAGGUGUUCUUGGUGCAACUAUUGAAGGAUAUGGAUGUGCUGGAGUUUCUUCAGUCGCCUAUGGUCUCAUUGCCAGAGAAGUUGAAAGGGUUGACAGUGGGUAUCGUUCUGCUAUGAGUGUCCAGUCUUCCCUCGUCAUGCACCCUAUUCACACCUAUGGGACAGAGGAGCAAAGACAGAAGUAUCUUCCUAGAYUGGCUCGUGGAGAUAUCAUUGGAUCRUUUGGUUUGACUGAGCCUAAUCAUGGAAGUGACCCAGGGAGCAUGGAAACUAAAGCUAAAUAUAACCCAACYAGUGACACAUAUACAUUGAAUGGUAGCAAAACAUGGAUCACCAAUUCUCCUAUUGCKGAYGUGUUUGUUGUCUGGGCAAAGUGCGAGGAUCAAAAAAUCAGAGGAUUCAUUCUUGAGAGAGGUAUGAAAGGCUUAACAACUCCAAAGAUUGAGGGUAAAUUCUCCCUACGUGCAUCUAUAACUGGCAUGAUUGUCAUGGAAGAUGUUGAAAUUCCUGCCGAUAAUUUACUUCCACAUGUAGAAGGAUUGAAGGGUCCCUUUGGGUGUUUGAACAGUGCUAGRUAUGGUAUUGGAUGGGGUGCCCUUGGUGCUGCCGAAUUCUGUUAUGAAACAGCAAGACAGUAUGUUCUUGACAGAGUUCAGUUUGGUAGACCRCUUGCAGCCAAUCAACUCAUACAGAAGAAGCUAGCUGACAUGGCUACUGAGAUUUCUCUUGGACUUCAUGCGUGCCUUCAAGUUGGAAGACURAAGGAUGAGGGAAAGCACUGUCCUGAGAUGGUGUCAAUGAUCAAAAGAAACAGCUGUGGUAAAGCACUUGAUAUCGCAAGGACAGCACGAGACAUGCUUGGAGGAAAUGGUGUUGCUGAUGAAUAUCACGUCAUUCGUCAUGUCAUGAAUCUGGAAUCUGUCAACACUUAUGAGGGAACCCAUGAUAUUCAUGCUUURAUACUGGGGCGAGCCAUUACAGGCAUCCCAGCAUUUGUAUAAUGGUCACUUUUGGAUUACUUUCAUAUAUAAUAACUUCAAACCUAGGAAAUAAUUCUCAGCAUAAGAAAUAAGAUAGGGAUUGUCAUCUAGUUUCUACUGAAAAAUACCUUUUAAAGCAUGAACAACASUGAGAAACAUGAAAGUCUUCUUGGCCCAGUUGCAUGGUAAAAAUGCAAAAUAAAGGAUGUUUCUCCAGCAUGAUAAACUUGGUUUAAGAUGUUGAUAUAUUCUAGCCUAAUAUUUAUUAAUAUUCAGUGAUUCUACUGAAGAUUUUCUUGGAGAUUUUAUUGUAUGUAAUACUGAUGAACAGGUUUUGUCACUCAAGUACCUURGCAUUGGAAAUACAAACAGUUUUGAAUCAAACUGUAAAGCUGCUUUGCCUUUCAGAGA